AUGAGAGUUGCCCUCCAGAUCCCACAUGAGUAUUAUCAGCAAGGUGACCUCAUCAUUGGCAGUAUAUUUUCACAAUUUUUCUCCUUUUUUGACACUAUAUCCUUCAAGCAACACCCAAAUUUAAAGUUUAUUGAAGAUGUCCUUGUAGUGACAAAAUAUUACCAGCAUGUCCUAGCCUUCGUGUUUGCAGUGAAGGAGAUUAACGAGGAUCCCAAGAUCUUACCAAAUGUUACAUUAGGAUUACACGUCUAUGACAGCUACUUCAAUGAAAAGAUGACCUACCAGACUACACUGAACCUUCUUUUCAAAUUGAAAGAAAUGGUACCCAACUACAUGUGUGAUACAAAGAAGAAUGUAAUAGCUGUCAUUGGGGGACUUGACUCUGAAACCUCCCUUUGCAUGGCUACCAUCUUAAGUCCCUAUAAGAUUCCUCAGGUCUCUUAUUUCUUAUUUGGUCCUUCUCAGAGUAUGAAAACCCAGUUCCCUUUCAUCUACCGUGUGGUUCCCAAUGAAGAGUAUCAGCACCAUUUGAUUAUCCAAUUACUUCUGCAUUUCCAGUGGACAUGGGUUGGGAUAGUUACAUCAGGCAAUGAUAAAGGAGAGAAUUUUGUGCAGACCUUGGUUCCAAAGCUUUCCCAGAAUGGCCUUUGUUUGGCUUUCACUGACAUAAUGCCAUCUCCGACAGACUUUUCCAACUUGCUUGAUGAGUACUAUACAUCAGGGGAUAUAGCCGGCUUUGUUAAAGAUCACAAAGCAAAAGCAGUAAUUGUAUUUGCAGAAACUGCAGCUAUAUUUCGUUUUAUAUUCUUGCUGUAUCAAAUACAAGCAGUAAAUAUGGUAGAGACAUCUCUAGGAAGAGUAUGGAUCUUGACAGCUGAGUGGGACUUCCCAGCACUACAGUUUCACAGGGGCUGGAGUAUAGAAGUCUUUCAAGGAGCCUUGUCUUUUGCUGUUCACACCAAUCAGAUAGAGGAAUUUCAACAUUUCCUUCAGCCUUUAAAUCCUUACUCACUCAGUGGAGACAGUUUUAUCAAGGACUUCUGGCAGCAGGCCUUUGACUGCUUACUUGUGGAUUCCCAGGAGUCUGUAGAGAGCAAUGGAACUUGCACCGGUCAGGAAAAGCUGGAGAGUCUUCCAGGACCAUUUUUUCAAAUGAGCAUGACUCCCCAAAGCUACAGUAUAUACACCGCUGCCUACGUGUUAGCCCAUGCUUUACAUGCAAUGUAUGUAUUAAAUCUCAAGCACAAAGCAGUGGCAGCACUUCCAAACUCACAACCAUGGCAGCUUCAUCAUUUCUUGAGGAGCAUCUCUUUUAAUAACAGCAUUGGGGAUCAGGUGUCUCUGAAUGAAAAAGGUGAAUUAGAAAGUGGAUUUGAUAUUAUAAACUGGAUUACUUUCCCAAAUGGAUCUUUCAUGAAGGUGAAAGUAGGGAGGAUGGGUCCAUGGGGAGGCAGACAGUUCACCAUUAACAAGGAGAUCAUCACAUGGCACAAAGUGUUUAACCAGACACCACCUUCUUCUGUGUGUAAUAACGUGUGUCAUCCAGGGUUUGUGAGAAAAAAGAAGGAGGGGGAGCCAUUCUGUUGCUACGAUUGUGACCCAUGUGCAGAAGGGAAGAUUUCUAAUCCAAAAGAGAUGGACAAAUGUAUAAAAUGCCCAGAAGAUCAAUAUCCAAAUGAAGAGCAAGAUGGAUGUCUCCCUAAGAUGUCACACUUUCUGUCCUAUGAUGAAAAUUUGAGCAUCACUUUAGCUUUCAUGGCAUUUUCAUUUUCUAUGAUCACUGCUUUGGUGCUUAAAAUAUUCAUUAAAUACAAGGAAACUCCCCUUGUUAAAGCCAACAAUCGUGGUCUCACGUACACUCUGCUCAUCGCCCUUUUGCUUUGCUUUCUCUGCUCCAUGCUGUUCUUUGGAAGGCCGCAGAAAGUAACCUGCCUCCUUAGGCAAACAGCUUUUGGCAUCAUCUUCACUGUGGCUGUUUCUUCUGUGCUGGCAAAAACCAUCACAGUGGUUUUAGCAUUCAUCGCCACAAAACCAGGAUCCAGGAUAAGGAACUGGGUGGGGAAAAGACUGGCAGCUUCUAUUGUUUUCUCCUGUUCCCUCAUUCAAGGAGCUCUUUGUACUGUGUGGCUCUGUACUGCUCCCCCAUUCCCACAUUUGGACAUGGACUCUUUGGCUAAAGAAAUUGUGGUUGAAUGUAAUGAAGGGUCUGUCCCUAUGUUUUAUUCUGUUCUUGGGUACCUGGGGUUUCUGGCUCUUGUCAGCUUUGUUGUGGCUUUUCUUGCUAGGGAAUUGCCUAGCACUUUUAAUGAAGCCAAGUUCAUCACUUUCAGCAUGUUGGUGUUUUGCAGUGUGUGGGUCUCUUUUGUGCCAACUUACCUGAGCACAAAGGGAAAAUACAUGGUGACUGUGGAGAUCUUCUCCAUUUUAGCCUCUAGUGCUGGAUUAUUGGGCUGUAUCUUUUUUCCUAAAUGUUAUAUUAUUGUCAUGAAGCCUGAACUGAACAGAAAGAAGUACUUAGGAAGGAGAAUGAAGUAG